AAGCCUUCCAUUUACACACAUUCCUCAUCAUUUCUCACCUAUUUAUCCAAAAAAAAAUAAAAAAAGUGGAGAGAAUCCCUUCGCUAUUCUCUUCUUUUCUCACGAAAUCCCUCAAUCCAAAGGGGCUGUUAAUGAAUCUGGCUUUCGAUUUGACAAAAAACGGCCAAGUUGGGAACAGUGAUGUGCAUCUCUCAGACUCUAUAAAAGCCCCAUUAGCUUCAUUCUACUUCUAUCAUCUCCUAGCCAAGAAUACAUCUUUAGACACUUAAAACUCCUCUCUGCUUCUUUUCUUCAAUACUGACUGUUUUUGCAAUGGGUUUGAAACCUAUGCUCUUUCUGCUAGCUUUACUUAUUGUGGUUACAUCAAGGGCUUCAUCGAAGGAUGAGGAAUCAUUGACAGAGGUAUCAGGCCCAUCUCACAGCCCAGUGGGGGCACCAGCACCGGCUCAAGCUAAACUCCCAGCCAAGGCACCAGCUCCAGUUCCCUCUGUCAAGCCACCAGUACUUCCUCCUCCCCCAGCCAAGAAGCCGACACAAAUAGAAUGCAACCCCCUCUGUGUGGGAAGGUGCAAAUUACACUCAAGGAAGCAGGUCUGCCUAAGGGCUUGUAUGACCUGUUGUGACCGAUGCAAGUGCGUUCCACCGGGAACUUAUGGAAACCGCGAGAAGUGUGGUAAGUGCUACACUGACAUGACCACAACUGGCGGCAGGCCUAAAUGCCCUUGAAGUUCAACAAGAAGAUCGAAGCCGUUGUUUCAUCGGCUGAAUAAUGUAAUAAGUCUGACACAAAUUUGUGUAUGGAAAGAGAAUAAAUUGUUUUCCAUUGA